AUGGAUGGCCUUGUCCUCUUCGAGGCAUGUCUGAGCGGAAAGCUGCAUCAUGUGCCCCGUCGUCCUCACGACCGUGAGCGUGCAAGCUUGAUCAAAAGCGGCAGCGUCUUCAUCUAUGAAGAAAACGCGUCGGGCAUCAAGCGAUGGACUGACGGCGUUGCUUGGAGUCCCAGUCGCAUCCUGGGAAAUUUCCUGAUCUAUCGCGAGCUUGAGAAGCCUUUCCCUCNNCCUGGCGAGAAAAAGCGAGCAAUGAAACGCAAACGUUCCUCACAAGAACCCGAAGGUCGCCGCGAGUCUGAGGAUAACGAAGUUGCCGAGUACAACAGGCUCCCUCCAACGCCCCCUUCGCCUGCGAACCCCUCAGACGCAAAGUCCGCCGCACCCGGCGCAACUGAUAGCGAGAAAGAGGUGGAACGUCAGCUCAUUGGCUCUCUUGUUGAUAGCUACGGCUUCAGGCCCAAUGGUCUCGUCAAGAAGACUAUGAGCAUUUCGCUGAACGGCGUCUCGCAUCACCUGGUUUCUUACUACACUGUGGAAGAUGUCAAGCAGCGAAAGCUCCAACGGCCUCUGACUGACUCGCGACUUAACGGCAUAGCAAUUCGCCCUGAGCUGUACUUGAAGCAAAACUUCCGGGCACCUGUUGAAGAGCAAGACCAGUUCGCCGUCGACCACAGCGGUCACGCCUACCCUCAAAUGGGCUACUCACAUAUGGUAGCACCCUCUGGUUAUAUGAUGCGCCAAAGCUAUGUCGCACCUGGUUAUCCACCCAUGUACGGUGCCGCUCCAGUAUCCACUGGAGCAACCGUGUACAACAAUCUGCCGGCUACAGCGCCCGCACCUUCUUGGCCACAAACAUACAGCGCAGCACCUUCGCAGCAAAGCUACAAUGCUUACUACAGCCGCACGGAUGCCUCAACUCCCCAGACAUCGACUAACUCUUAUACGCCAAUGCCGCCCAUGCAAUCGCAAUACCAGUCACCAAUGAGAACGCCCGCUCAGAGUUAUGGCCCACCAAGCAGCAUGACUACCUCAUCUACCCCAGUGGCAACACAAUCGCAAUACCAACCAGCGCAAACGGCUACAGCAACACAAUACCAGCCAGGAAGCUAUGGUGUUCAACCAAGCUCCCACCAAAGUGCUUCGCCGCAGCAACAGAGCAUGAGGUCUCCUCCCGUAGGACCACCGCCUCAGUCGAUGAACGCCUAUCCCCCACGCUCCAACCUUCCAGGCAACCUCCCGAGCAUGUCGAGCUACAGACAAUACACGAGCCAGAGCGGUGGAUCACAAGGCGAGAUGCCCAGCAUCGGAAUGGCUUCUGGAUAUGGCAGCAGCCAUUCGCAGCCUAGCAGUGGAAGCUAUGGUGCACCUAGUUAUGGACCUCCAAGCAGCCUCAGUGCACCUCAAAGCUACCGACACAGCAGCGACACAGCGCCUCCUGUCCAGAGCACGCAAUAUUACAGCGACGGAAAGCCCGCUGUGAGCAACUAUUCUUAA